CGAUAAAGUACGUUCAGUAGAAAUCAUAAACUGCUGGUAGCACGGCGCUAAAUGCUCAUUAACUUGCUUCUUUUGCUGAACACAGUCAUUACAAAAUUGUAUAAAUAGUGCGUUACGAUAUCGAUGAUGAUAUCACGUGAUUUUGUGUAAAUUUGAUUUGUAAGAGUGAUUUUUUCAUCACUGAUAUGGAAGAAUGGCUAGUGAAAGUGAUGGAUCGUAACAAUACGCCAUUUAUUUUCCUGCUGAUAAUUUUAAAUGUGUGUCUUUAUGGUUCUUGUGCCUUCGUGCCGCCCAACAUCGUUGUUAUCAUCGCCGAUGAUCUUGGCUGGAACGACGUUAGCUUCCACGGUGCCGAUGAGAUUCCUACGCCGAACAUCGACGUUCUCGCGUAUAAUGGCGUGAUACUGAAUCGACAUUAUGUGUUGCCAGUGUGCACACCGUCGAGGACAGCUUUUCUCACCGGGCGAUAUCCCAUAAGGACAGGCAUGCAAGGCUAUCCCUUGCGAGGAGCCGAACGACGUGGUAUACCCUUGAACAACACUCUUCUACCUGAGUAUCUUCGUAGACUUGGAUACACCACUCAUCUCGUAGGGAAAUGGCAUGUUGGUUAUCACACGAGAAAUUUCGGACCUACCCGUCGUGGUUUCGACACCUUCCUGGGAUAUUACACGGGCAUGAUUCAAUAUUUCAAUCAUACGCUCUACGAAAGUGGGCAACUGGGUUACGAUUUGCACCGGAUAGUGGGCGAAAAUCACACGGUUGAAUACAGAUACGACUACAUGACCGAUCUUUUAACCGAUGAGGUUGAAAGUAUUAUCUCAUCGCAUAACACCGAAAAGCCUAUGUAUUUGCAGCUAUCACAUCUCGCUCCACAUGCUAGCGAUGCAGAAGAAGUUAUGGAAGUACGCGAUUGGAAAGAAACAAACGACACUUUUGGUUACAUCAAAGACCUGAACAGAAGGAAGUACGCGAGUGUCGUUGCUACGUUGGAUAAAUCAGUCGGCCGGGUAGUCGAUGCUUUGAAGAGGAAAGACAUUCUAAAUAAUACGAUCAUAAUUUUUAUGGCCGACAAUGGAGCGCAAACUGAAGGAUACCUAGCAAAUUAUGGAUCUAAUUAUCCACUACGAGGGGUAAAAUUCACUCUGUUCGAAGGCGCCGUGCGGGGCGUUGCAUGCAUCUACUCACCUUUGAUUGAUAGAUCGUCGAGGGUCUCGACAAAAUUAUUUCAUAUUACCGAUUGGCUUCCCACACUAUACUCUGCGGCUGGUGGUAAUCCGAGUGAUCUAGAUCAAUUGGAUGGUAUUAAUCAGUGGUCCACGAUCAAAAAAGUGAAAAUUGACGAACGCAGAUCGAUUCUAGUGAAUAUCCAGGAGGACAACGAGGCGGCGUUAAUUGGAAAAUAUAAACUCGUUAGAGAUAGGUCCGAUAACCAAAAGCACUAUGAUUAUUAUAGCGGUAAUAACGUAUCGUAUCCCAAGUACAACGUGACGAAUGUGCUAACAUCGCCAGCCGCAUCAGCCAUCGCGAGCGUUUCGGCCCAUGUAUUAACUGCAGCUAAAAUAAAAGCGCUUCGGAAAAAGGCCACGAUAGUUUGCAAGAAUCUUACGAAUCCCUCCAGUUGCAAGAACCGCACUUGCUUGUUCAAUAUUUACAAAGAUCCUUGUGAAUUUACGGAUCUAUCCUCAAAGAAUACUAAGGUCGUCGAGAGAUUGAGCGUGUUCAUCGACAGCUAUAAAUCGGUCCUCAUGAAGGAGUCUAAUACACCCGUCGAUCCGGCUGGCUUUCCGUGCCACUUUAACAACACUUGGAUGCCCUGGCUGUCGGAUGACUAUCAGCCGAUCAGCAAAGUGCAUUGCACGAUGAACGAAGUUACGUGGUGGCGACCUAAUGACUUCACUUCAGCUUCGUGUUAAACUCGUAUUUGCGUUUAUUCCCGAGGAACCUAGCUGGAACCAGUUUUAAAACGUCGAUGCGUUUCAAUAGACAGAUGAAUCUUGAAAGUCAAUUUAAUAUCGGCAAUGAGUGACGUAUUCAUUACAUAUUUAAUCACGGUUUAAGCGAAAGCUUCUUGAAUGAUGUUUCUUUGUUUUGUCUUCGAACACGAUCUGAAUUUUGUUCUUCUGACUGUUCAAUAAUCAUUUGAAAGAAAAUUGUUCGAUAAUGCUUGAGAAAAAAUUGUGUGUACGUAUAUUAAUAGAUCUUAUUAGAUUUUAAUUUUCGUAUCAAUUAAAUUUUAAAUCGAAAAAAAACAUUUGAGGAAAUAAUUUGAUAGCUUGUAAAUUUGAAUAUUAUAUUGCGAGAUCAAUUUAAAGAUUAUAAAUAUAUUUUAAGACAAAAAUUAUCAAUAGUCUGCUAUUAAUUAAAAGUAAUUGAAGAGUUUCUUAUAAA